CUUAACCGCCUCAUGCGAUACGAACCGAGUUUCCCUGAAGAACAUACCGACCAAUGAUUUCAAGCUCCGAAGCUGUCGGUGGAGUAUGGAGUUGUGGACCUCCCACGGGAAGGGUACGUAACAAGAACUAUUUGUGGCGAGUUAAGUCACCAGCUUCCCACCUCCGACACUGCACUUCCCCGUAUUUCACUUCCAAAGUUGUGACACCCCCCCUACAUUAUAUCUGUCCAGGGCUCUUCAAAGCCUCAAGUCAAGUGCGACAGUUGCCUCUUCGCUACGCAUCAACCAGACAACCGCCGAAAAUGACUGGCCAGGUCAACAUCGAUCCGAAAGACAUCCAAGCCCAUCUUUCCAGUUACGAGGGUGACAAGUACGUCGAAGGCUGGGCUGCACUAUGGGAUAAAGGUGACAGCCUGCCCUGGGACCGGGGGUUUCCCAAUCCCGCGUUGGAAGAUGUCCUAGUCCAGCGACGUGCAAUCAUCGGCGGGCCCAUUGCCCAGGAUGCACAGGGUCGGCUUUACAGACGGAAGGCCCUGGUGCCAGGCUGUGGCAGGGGAGUCGAUGUCCUGCUGUUAGCUAGCUUUGGGUACGAUGCCUACGGGCUUGAAUAUAGCGCCAGUGCUGUCGAGGUGUGCAAGAAGGAGGCGAAGGAGCAUCACAGUCGGUAUCCGGUGCAAGACCAGGCACUUGGUCGCGGCAAAGUCAGCUUUGUUCAGGGUGAUUUCUUCGAUGAUGCCUGGCUGCAGAAAAUUGAGGGCUCUGCAAAUGGGUUCGACCUUGUCUAUGACUACACGUUCUUCUGCGCUUUAAGGCCGGUGCUUCGCCCCAAGUGGGCUCUCCGACACACCCAAUUGCUGGCCCCGUCGCCAGCAGGAAAAUUGAUUUGCCUGGAGUUUCCUCUUCAUAAAGACCCCCAGGCUGCGGGGCCGCCAUACGGCUUGUCUUCGGAAAUGUACAUGGCGCACCUAACUCAUCCAGGGGAAGAGAUCCCCUACGAUGACAAGGGUCGUGUCCAGUACGACCCUCAACAGGGCCCGAGCGAAGCCGGACUAGAGAGAGUGGCGUAUUGGCAGCCGGAGCGAACGCACAAAGUUGGCCAGGGUGAGAAUGGUGUAAUUCAUGACAGGGUUUCUGUUUGGAGUAGACGUACUUAGACCAGCAUGAUACGGUCGUCACAUAUGUAUUCAUCUACCCUACUUGCUCGCAAGAAUGACAUGCAAAUUACCAGAACAAGAUGUAUUAUGAGCAAUGUUCCUCUUCCUAAAAGCGAAUGUAAAGCCUCCGAAAAACUUGUCAGGGCCUGCGAUAAGCCUAUUCUCUUGGUAGGUCUUCAUCAAUGGCUUCUAAUCUAGCUCUAUGUUUCUAUAUAUACAACCUGAUUGCGUGCAUCACUC